CGGCACGGCCCCGGCGCGGAGCGGAGCGGCCCGGCCAUGGCGCGCUCGCUCAACUCCAUCGUGGCCGUCAGCCAGAACAUGGGCAUCGGCAAGGACGGGCGGCUGCCCUGGCCGCCGCUCAGUCCGUGCUUCCCCGGCAGGAAUGAGUACAAGUACUUCCAGAGAAUGACGAGCACGGCCCGUAUGGAAGGUAAACAGAAUGCAGUGAUAAUGGGUAAAAAAACGUGGUUCUCUAUCCCUGAGAAGAACCGUCCUUUAAAAGACAGGAUUAAUAUUGUGCUCAGCAGGGAGCUCAAGGAAACCCCGAAAGGAGCACAUUAUCUUUCCAAAAGUCUGGAUGAUGCUCUAGCUCUUUUGGAUUCACCAGAGUUAAAAAGUAAAGUAGACAUGGUUUGGAUCGUGGGAGGCACUUCAGUGUACAAGGCAGCAAUGGAGAAGCCAAUUCAUCAUCGAUUGUUUGUGACAAGAAUCUUGAAAGAGUUUGAAAGUGACACAUUUUUUCCAGAAAUUGACCAUAAAGACUACAAGCUUCUAACAGAGUACCCAGGUGUCCCUGCUGAUAUCCAAGAAGAGAAUGGGAUCCAGUACAAAUUUGAAGUGUAUGAAAAAACUGUCAUGGCACAAUAAGGGAGGCAUUUUGUACUUCUGUGUAAGGGCAAGUAUUUUAAUCCAUGAAGUUUUAGUGAGUGUAAAGAUACAUUAAAAUUUUUAAGAAAAUCA